CCUUCCCCUUCCUCAACUCCGAUUCCUUGCUUCUAUGACUCUCUCAACGCGAACUCACCUUGGACCAGUUCGCCCUGUCACAAUUAACAAACUCUUAAAACUAAACGCCUCCAACGAAAUUUUCCAUUCAAUCUUCUUUCUUCGCCAUGACCUUCCUUCUCCUUCUUUCUCUCCUCUCUCUUCUCUCGCUCUCCCUCUUUCAAAAUUCUGGUGCAACUCUUUCAGGCACUUUUAUUGAUUGCGGUGCGCUGGUGGGGUCCACAAUCGACGGAAUACGAUGGCUUCCAGACACCGAUUACGUCGGGAGUGGGACCCCCAAGAACAUCACGGCAAACGUCACGGUGGAGACUCUUUCCACCGUUCGAUCGUUCCCGAAAGAGCUCAACCGCAAAUUCUGUUACGAAGUUCCCGUGUUUCGCGGGGCGAGGUAUAUGGUGAGGGCCACUUACUACUACGGAGGGGUCAACGGUUAUAAUUCCCCCCCGGUGUUUGAUCAGAUGGUGGACGGGACUUUCUGGGGCGUGGUCAAUACGACGGCGGAUUACGAGCAAGGGUUGUCGUCGUAUUAUGAGGGAGUCUUUUUGGCUCAAGGGAAGACUAUGAGUGUGUGUAUCGGGUCUAAUAAUUAUACGGACUCUGACCCGUUUAUUUCAGCUCUGGAGUUUGUGGCUCUGGAAGAUUCGGUUUAUAACGCCACGGAUUUUAGCCAGCAUGUGCUCAGUUUGGUUUCCAGGACUAGCUUUGGAUACAAUGGAACAGACAUCAUUAAAUAUCCUGAUGAUGAAUUCAAUCGAUAUUGGGAGCCAUUUAGAGACAAUGCCCAUAUGGAUACUAUAGCAGGAAACAACAAUGUAUCUGUUUCUGGCUUCUGGAAUCUCCCACCUAAGAAAAUAUUUGACAUGGCAUUGGCAAGUGGCCCAGAACAACCAAUGGAAUUCAUAUGGCCUCCAGUGCUACUUGCAAAUUCAAACUACUGCAUUGCACUAUAUUUUGCAGAUAAUCCUGAUUCUGUCUUAGAUGGGGGGUCAAGGACGUUUGACAUUUUUAUAAAUCACGUACCAUACUAUAGAAACCUGACUGUGAAACCAGAUGGAGCUGUUGUCUUUGCUAAAGAGUGGCCUCUUUCUGGUGCCACCAAUAUUACUUUGAAUUCUGUUGCUGGUUCAAACAAAGGUCCUCUAAUCAAUGGUGGAGAGAUCUUUCAUGUGUUGGACCUUGGAAGGAGAACUCUCACCCGAGAUGUAAUAGCAUUAGACGAGUUUAAGAAGAGCCUCCAGAACCCUCCACUUGAUUGGAAUGGCGAUCCUUGUUUGCCCCAACAAUACACAUGGACUGGACUUACUUGCUCUUAUGAACGCCGAGUUCGUGUAGUUACCUUAAAUUUGACGAAUAUGGGUCUGUCAGGAACAUUGUCACCCAAUAUUUCCAGAUUGUCAGCCCUGAAUAGCAUCUUGCUUGGAAACAACAGCUUUUCUGGAAUGAUUCCUGAUCUCAGUCCCUUAUCAAAGCUGGAGAAGUUGCAUUUGGAAGACAACCGAUUCAGUGGAGAGAUUCCUCAAUCCCUCGGAAACAUACCAGGCUUGCGUGAACUAUUCUUACAAAACAAUAAUUUGACUGGUGAAAUCCCCAGUAGUCUCCUCAACAAAUCUGAAUUAAACCUCAAGACUUCUCCUGGAAAUCAACUUUCUUCUCCACCACCAUCUUGAGCAAAUGAUGUCCAUUCGGUAUGAAGGUGACCGUGUCAUAUUUAUCAGGGAACUUGCUUUUAACCCACCCGUGUGAAUCUAUAUUAACUACAUAAAUUGCCCCAGCCAUAACAUUUGGUUUUGAAAUUUUUGAUUGACACUUAGCUCCAAAUGUGGAAUUUAAAUUGUCACGCUUAGCUUUUUCUAGUUUGAGCAUGUGAAUGCAAUUUGCAGCCUCCAUAUUUGUAUACUUGUAAUUCUUGUCCAUAUGCAGUCAGUCUGCAGGGUUUUUUUUUUUUUUUUUUCUUGGCACAAAGGGAUCAAAUUGUAUUACACAUUUGUCUUUGUAGAGAUUUCUUGUAAUUUUAUAUUUUAUUUUAAUUAUAUAUAUAUAUAUAUAUAUAUAUAUUUA